AUGACCACCCCUGCUGAAGAUUGUCUGACCGUGAACGUUGUCACUCCCGCGACUGUCAAGGCUGGCCAGAAACUUCCCGUGGUUGUCUGGAUUUAUGGCGGCGGAUUUACUGGUGGAGCUAGUUCGACACAGAACGGCAGCACCAUCGUCGAGCGCUCAAUCGAGCUUGACAUGCCUGUGAUUUACGUUUCACUGAACUACCGUACUGGUGCCCUUGGUUUCCCGCAAGGUAGCGAAGCUCGGGCAGCUGGAGUCGGGAACCUUGGUCUUCAGGACCAGAGGCAGGCAUUACGCUGGGUUCAGAAGUACAUUGGCGCCUUCGGCGGCGACAGUGGCAGGGUCACACUUUGGGGGCAGAGCGCCGGUGCCAUCUCGAUCUCUCUCCAGAUGCUCACGAAUGGCGGAAACACCGAAGGUCUUUUCCACGCCGCCUGGAUGCACUCUGGCGCGCCCGUUCCGACCGGACCCAUUGAGAAUGGCCAGGAGUUUUGGGACGCGUAUCUCAGCUCUACGAACUGCACGGAUGACACGAAUGUCUUCGACUGUUUGCGUACUCUGUCGACCACGGAGAUUCAGAGCGCGAUGAACAAUGCUCCCAGCGCUACCCUCGACUGGGUCCCUCGUGAGGAUGGCAAGUUCUUCACGGCGAACCCCGAGUCACUCGUGGCUUCCGGCUCCGUCGCGAAGAUCCCUAUCGUCUCAGGCAAUGUCGACGACGAAGGUACCCUUUUCAUCCUUGGCGCAAGCGCUAUCACCACGGACGAGCUCGUCGCGUACUACUUGAGCUCGCUCUUCCCGAGCAACCAGACGGCUGUUGCGACCCUGAUGGAGCUCUACCCUAGCGAUCCCGCUGCGGGUGCACCGUUCGACACCGGCAGCGCUAACGCUGUCACUCCCGAGUGGAAGCGCCUAGCCGCCCUUACGGGAGACUUGGUUUUCACUGCACCGCGCCGCUACUUCGUGCAGAAGAUUGCAAACGGACAAGAUACUUGGGUAUUCCUGAGCAAACGGUUCAAGGAGCUCGACGACUUCGGCUCCUACCAUGCAUCCGACCUGCUCAACGUCUACGGUCCCGGUGAUAUGACGGACUUCCUUGUGCGCUUCGUUACCAACCACGACCCGAACCAGGGUAGCAAUAAGUCUCGCAGCCCUCUCAACUGGCCGAAGUACAGCCCUGGCAGCCCGAAGAUUCUCGAGUUCCUAGACGGCGACGUUCCGCUCAAGAUCGCAGACGACACCUACCGUCAGGCUGCGCUUGCCUAUGACACUGACGCGUCGAUCAACAACCCAUACUAA